AGGGUGCAACUUGAGUAGCGCCUUUUUACAAAGUACACACUCGCUCAACAACAGAAUAACAACGGUGGGCGCCGCGAUCGCGAGCUCCUAUAUAUAGGCCAUCAACGGGGCAGAGAGUGAUAGACAAAUCCAGAUAGCUAGCAAGUAAACAUCACAGCCACAGCCACAGCCUACAGGCAUCGAUAGAAUUCGAAUAGCUUGAGCCAUCGUCGAUCUGCGGCCAAUUCUGACUCAUCUCGGCGUCCAUUGCUGUAAGCGUGAACACGAAACCGGGUGGAUUGGAUACCGAUUGAUAAUCGAGAUAAUGGGUCUUCGUGAUUCAUCAUCUGAGGCGCCGGCGGCGUCGAGCGUCACGGGACUCACGGCGCGGCGGGCCCUCCACGCCCACGGCGGAGUCGUAGGCGCGGCCGCGCCGGCGCUGCCCCCCGGGGGCAGUGGCGACUCCGCCUUCGACACGAACGUGGUGAUCAUCCUGGCGGCGCUCUUCUUCGCGCUGCUCUUCGCCAUCGGGCUCAACUCGCUGGCCCGGUGCGCGCUCCGCUACGGCGGGAGCCGGGGCGCGGCGGUGGCCGCGGCCGCCGCCGCCGUGGGCGCGUCCGCGCGGACGGGCUGCGGCGGCGGGGGCAUCAAGAGGCGCGCGCUGAGGAGCCUCCCCGUGGAGGUGUACGGCGCGGCCGGCGCCGGGGAAGAAGGCGCGAUCGACGACGUGUGCGCCAUAUGCCUCGCCGAGUUCGUGGACGGCGAGAAGGUGCGCGUGCUGCCGCGGUGCGGCCACGGGUACCACGUCCCGUGCGUCGACGCCUGGCUCGUGUCCCACGGCUCGUGCCCGACGUGCCGGAGCCCGGUCAUGGAGGACGCCGCGCCCGCGAAGAAGAAGGGCGGCGGCGGAGGCCGAAGCCAGCGUCCGGAGGCCGACAUGAUCGCCGUGGUCAUCGCGUGAGGGCGCCAGAGAACAUCAGAAAUGCUCUGCCCCCGCCCCCGCUCUCUUGUAAAGAAAUUUUCCGGCGAUUGGUUGCCAUGCGUGUCAGGCGCAGCGCAUGCUGUCGAAAUUGGAGCUGCGCAAUUGCUCGCUGUAGAUACCGGACGGCGCAAAAACAUUGUACUACUGACAUGUCGUCGUCGCCCGUCGGUGGCCGGGCGGCCGGCUCCGCGCACGGGGGGCCGCGGACGUGGCCGACCGCUCAUCCGCAAGCCAAUCAACCACCGAUACAGUGGCCACGAGGAGGGGCUAUGCAUAAUGCACGGCGUGCCUUAGUCCGCACGCGACGGCGAUCGUCUGACGCGGCAACUGCCGGGAUUACUCCGUGGCGCCAACCAACCCCCGGCCCCGGAUCCCCGGAUUGCCACGUCUAGCUGCGCGUACGCGACGCACGCCAGGCGCUCCGGGCUCCGGCCGUCGUCGUCGUCACCUGCAGACCCGGUGGUGCACACGCCGUCCACGCAUCUUCUCGCUCGGACAAGGAGAAGGUAGCUGCACGUAGGACGCACGCGCAACAGUGGAUAUGAGGUAACGCCGGGCCCGGUGACGUCGAUGGAUCGAGCUAGGGGCUAAGGGGGGGACCGGCUGAUCAGUUCAACCACUUUUUUUUUUUUGAAACGUCAACGGUGGGGGUUGGCCCCACCUGAACAAGCACCUUUUUAUUAAGCCCAU